UUUACUAUUAUCAGUACCCAUUAUAUAUUAUCAUCUCCAUACUGCAUCAGUUUUCUUCUAUUUAAAGACACUGUUAGUAAUAAAUCUGAGUUUCUCCAUACUCAUCCCAUUACCAUGGAGCUAUUUAUCCCAGCACUAGCUCUCAUCCUCAUCUUACCUUCCUUACUUCUCAUCAAAAUCAGAACCAAGCCGGCCUGGCAGAACCUCCCACCCGGGAGGUCUGGUUGGCCGUUCCUUGGUGAGACGAUGGAGUUCGUUCGGGCGAAUUGGGAAGGUUGUGCCGACAAGUUCGUCAGGGACCGAGUCCAGAAGUACAAUUCGACAGUGUUCAGGACUUCAUUGAUGGGCGAGCCAGUGGCCGUCCUAUGCGGGGCUGCCGGGAACAAGUUCAUGUUCUCUAAUGAGGGCACGAAGGUGGCUCGGUGGUGGCCUGACUCAUUCCGGCGGUUGAUCGGACGCUCGUUGCCCUUGUUGACGGGGGUUGAGGCCAUUGCCAGGAGGAAGCUCUUGAUGGCCGGAUUCUUAAAUGUUGAGUCGCUCAAGAAGUGUGUCCCCACCAUGGAUGAACUCACUCGCCGCUAUCUAAUGACACACUGGGAAGGUUCACUUCAGUCCAUUUUUCCAUUGAUAAAUGAAGGGAAAGAGGAGUUGCAGGUCCACCCUUCCGUAAAGCCUUACAUGUUUGAACUCGCGUGCCGGCUCUUCAUGAGCAUCACCGAGCCUGAGCUCCUCUCGAGACUCUUUGAUCAAUUCAACAUAUUCCUGAAGGGGCUCGUAGAAUUCUCUCUCAACAUCCCUGGGACACGGUUUUAUCAUGCGAUGAGAGCAGCAGACACGCUUAGGAGGGAGCUUCGUGCGCUCGUGAAGCAUAGGAGGGUCGAGCUGGAGAGGAAAGUGGCAUCUUCCGAGCAGGAUCUUCUGUCGUACUUGCUUGUAAAUGCCGACGGUGAUGGGAAUUUUAUGUCAGAAGAGGAGAUCAUAAAUCAUAUGCUGGCCGUACUCAUCGCAGAAUACGACACAUUAAGCUCCGCUAUUUCUCUGCUCAUGAAGUAUCUUGGUGAGCUACCUAGAGUCUAUGAGCAAGUUCUUCAAGAGCAAAUGGAGAUUGCAAGAUCAAAGGCCCCGGGAGAACUGCUAAUAUGGGAAGACCUGCAGAGAAUGAAAUACUCAUGGAAUGUCAUAUCGGAAGUCUUGCGGAUCGCUCCUCCAGUAGCUGGUACCUUCCGAGAAGCAUUGGUCGAUAUCACUUUCGAAGGUUAUACCAUUCCUAAAGGCUGGAAGUUAUACUGGAGUGCUGCCUACACGCACAAAGAUCCGAGUUGCUACCCGAACGCGAUGGAAUUUGAUGAAUCGAGAUUUGAGGGAACGGGUCCUCCUCCCUUCUCCUAUGCGACGUUUGGAGGAGGACCGAGAAUGUGCAUGGGGAUAGAGUUUGUCCGUCUUGCCAUCCUGAUCUUCCUUCACAACCUCGUCUAGCGGUUCGACUGGGACUUAGUGGUCCAUAACGAGAAAUUGUCAUAUAACCAACUGCUCAGCCCCGUGAAUGGGCUUCCAGUUCGUCUUCGGCCCCGUGAAUCUUUUCAGUGAGGGUUGGACUUAAUUGACACACCUUCAUGAAGAAUGACUUCACUUGUAGUAUUAUCUAUCAGUUGGUUUUAUGAGCAACCUCAUCUGUAUCAUUAUGAUGGAAUUCCGUUUGGAUUGUUUUCUCUCAGUAUUGCUUCAAUAUCCAAUGCAAUUAUAAACCACGUCAAGAAUUAAAUUGUCAUUCCA